UCUCUCAAGUAGUCUCAUCUCAAGUAGUUUUACAUAGCUAUAAAAAAACGUGUAUCUUUAGUUGUCAAAAAUCGUCCGGUUUCAAAAAUUUGUCUGAGGGAAGUGGUCCUAAUAUCGAAUAAGUCAUAUGAAUGAAAUGGAAUUUUUGUUCGGAUCCAUUUCUGUACUAGUUUCAACAUAAGUUAUACUCUGCUCGGAUUCUGAAUAGUGCAGUUGGAAGAAAGGUGAUGGAUUUCUCUUAUCAACGGACAUUUCUUCGGUCUGCUUUGGCGAAUGAUCCAUUUGCCUUGGGAGAUCUCGGACCGCAAGACGUUCUGAGGAUCGAGUCGGAAUUUCCUGAUCUGUUUAAUUCAACAGCUUCUCCUAAAAAAACCAGAAAUGUGACGAGAACAUUAAUUCCUCCAAAUGCUGUCCAACAACAAAGGCCAAAUGUGACCAUACGACAAAGCUGCGCCGCCCCAACACCACCUUCCAUUGUUACCCAACCGGUACGCUCAACUAUUACAAGUAAUGUGGUACGAGGAGGAGUAACAGCAUUACAUCAGAUCAAUAAGCAACCAAAUAUUAAUCCGGCAAAAGCUACACCCCAAACAAUGCGUCUUCCCAUGUCAUGUCCCCGUAAACCUUCUUUACAACAUUUUUCGGCAUCGCCAGCACGAAUGCAGUAUGUCUCAAUUGACGAAUUACGAAAAGUCUUGAAAGAAUUUCUACAGGACAAAAAAUCAGAUCUCAAACCUGGGACAUUGCCAUGUUCUAGGGAUGAGAAGCGUGGAAAGUCGCCUUUCGUACAUCAAUCUGAACAAAUGAAACGACUCAUUCAAGGUGACGCUAUCCGGAAGCGUAGUAAAGACACGAUAUGUUUGAAUCAAGGAGCUGGGGAUGUUCGUGGUACUCUGGUUGAAAAUACUUUCCCUAUGAACCAAGUUUCAUGUCCGACUACUUCAUCUAAACAUAACAGAAAUGAAUUUCGCCAAAUGAGUCCGAAAAUACGAUCUUCUCCGGCACCCGGGUUUAUAAAGUCUGUACCUUUACACCAUGGCCACAGUAAGGAAAAAAAUAAAAAUGUUUCUACUGCCAAAAGCAAUACUGAAAAAAACCGAGUAAUUGUGAAAGACAAUACAAAUUCCAAACCCUCAUUCUCCUCUCCUCAAAGUAGAGCAAUAUCACACAUGGUCAAUGGAAAAAUGAAGAAUGACGAUAUCUCGCCUCUCAAAGCCAAGAAAGAAACAAACCAAGAAACAUGUGAGAUUGAUGUCAAAAGCAACAAACCUGAACCUAAUGUAUCCGAGUCAUCCACCACCGAAAGCGCUAAUGACCCCACCGAUCCUUUCCUUAGUUAUCAGCAGUUGAAGUUUGCUAAGAAUUUGGCCACUACAUAUGAAAAGAUGGGUCUAUUGCAAAGAAAGGCAUCAGUGAAAAGUCCUCCCGACGCCAAGGCAAAUUCAUUCGAUGAUAAAAUGGUACAAACUACUGAGGAUAUAGUUUUAAAACCACUCAACAAUAUGGGAGAAGCAGAAAGUCAACCUGACUCUGACAUUUUGGAAGUACUAGCAAAAGAGUUGAUAUAUCUUGAAAUUAUGAAACACCUACAAAGUAAUUACAAGGUAAUGACAGAGAAUAGUAAUUCUGGAACUAGACAAGAAGAAAGUCACAAUUUUGAUUGUAAAUCCUCUUACAAUCAUACAAAUGCAUUGGAUAACAUGAACAUAGAAGAACUCAUUUUAGGACGGUUAAGUGUUAUUCAAGAAAUAACUGAGAUUGAGUUAAUUACACCAACUCUUUCGGCCUCGUCAUCCCAUCCUCUUGAUUUACAACAAUUUGAAUUUGAUUUGGAUGUCAUUCCUACCCCUGAAACUCCAGAGGCUUCGUCGUCAAAAAGACGAGCUCAAUGUGCGGUGAAGGAGUCACCAGGAAAUCUUAACGAUUAUACAGAUUGUAGUGACAUUUCAGAUUUUGCACAAAGUUUUAGCGAAAAUGAAAACGUUUUUAGAACCCCUCCACCACCACGACCACCACCAGAAUUAAAAUCCCCCUCUAACAGUAGUGACUUUAGUACUCCUCUGUUAUCAAUAAGUACCACAACGAGGCGAUCACAUAAAUCGCCUCCGGUUUUAAAUUCUGCAAAUAUUCACUACAAGCAGGAUAUUGUUGAUAUUUCAAGUCCCAGCACCCCUUACAAUUCGUCAAAAAGCACUCCUUCAAAACGUAAUCCGAGAAUACCACAAUGGAAACAAGUAACAAGACAGAUUUCUGAAGCUUUAAUACAGCAAUCGCAUAAUAAAGACUCUUCUGAGGCUGGUUUAACCUCCACUCCAAAAACGAAUUAUACCAAACCAUCACAGUCUCUACAAGUGGAACAAGACCAAUCAAACGCCCAUGUCUUACAGGACCAUGAAAAUGAAUCCCUCACUUUGUCAAUGAGCGAACUUUUAUCGGAAGGAGAGUUCAUAGGGAAAGUGUCUAAAAGUCUAGGCGAAAUUACUCCAUUAAGACAAAUUAUACGCCCACUUCUUUAUCAAAAUUCCGCAAAUUCUUCCUCUAUAAAUAAUUCUGUAGGAAGCACGGUCUACUUCGUUUCACAGGAAGAGUCGUCUGCAACUCAAUCUAGUCAGCAAGGUGCAUCAACUGCAUACGAAAUAUCACAGGGGGAGUUUCUUGGAACUUCACCUAUAUAUAUGAAUUACAGUCGAAUGGGCUAUAAGGUAGCAACCCAAAAAGUCCUGUUUUGA